GAAUUGUCUGUGUAGCAGACACAACAUGGAGGAAUAUCCUUAUUCUCUAAAUGUUAGAUGCUCUAAGGAGCUGAGCGAUAAUCAAACUUCACAUCUACAGCGGUACUUUUCCCUGCAAAGAAAAUCCAGAGGAGGAGAAAAUAAAGUGUCUAUGCUUUCUUCUAAACUGUUCAAAGUGAGCUUCCAAGAACAAAAAGUGAUGGAGAGAGUGCUGAGUCACAAAGAGCAUAGUAUACAGUCGGAUGGAGAAUUGGUUUCCUUGGUAGUGUACUUGGAAGGUGUCGCUGAAAAGGACCUGAUGGCAACACCCAUUGAAGAUGAAAUGCCCACUCUAGCAGGCAGUGGAGGGUACAUCCCUGAUGAUGAUGAUGAUGCUGAGGACUCAAUAUCAUCUAAUGUUCAGCUUAACAGAAGGCGCAGUCGCAUCUCUUCUACCCUCAUUGUGGAAAGUGAUUCUAAAUACCUGGCUAUUAGAGAUGAAAUUGAAAAUUUAAAGUGCACAUUAUUCCCAACGUUAGAAAUCCGUACUGGCCAACGAGAGGUGACGCUUUUGGGGGAUAUGGAUCAUGUGCUAGCUGCACGUCCAAUCAUCAAGGAUAAACUGGAUUCUGUAAAAAUGGUCUGCGUUACAAAUGUACCAUAUGCAUCGAUGGCUCUUAGCCUGUGGCAUAAGGAAGACAUUUCAAAAAAGAUAUUUGGCGGGGAAGCUGGAGGCAGGGUAAUUGUUGAUACAUCAAGAGGUGUGUGUUUGUAUGCUUCUUCUAGUGCCAUGUUAGACAGAGCGCAACAUGUUCUGAGUCAGGUUCUUAAAGAGUCUGUGGUUGAAAUAAGAGAAGGUCAGGGCAUUAUUUUAGAAACUUUAAAGAAUCUCUUGAAGGAUUUGCAACUCAAAAGAAAGAUUGUGACCACGUUGCAAAAUGAAACAUGGCUGUCCUUGGUGGGUUUCAGAGAAGAUGUUGAUGAAAAUGUUAAGUGGAUUGAAGACUAUCUGAGACAACAUACCUUAACUAAGGAAACAUUUAAUAUGGGGAUUAAUGGAAUAGCUGAAAAUCUAGAUUAUUUCAUUCAGAACCUUCAAAUUGGGCCAAUCCCAGCUACUGUAGAAAUUCCUUCGGACCAAGACCAGACAAUUACUUUGAUUGGAUCCGAGGAAGAUGUGGCAAAGUCAAAAGAUGUACUAAAACAGGUGCUAGAGAAACUGUGCCAAAAGCAUUUAUCUAUUAAAAAACAUGGAGCAAAGCAUUAUUUCAAAAAUAAAGGAAAUGAAGAAUUAGACCGCAUAGCAAAGCAAUAUAAAUGCAGAGUCACCGUCAUUUGUGAUGAGGAGAUCCCUGAGGUUACCGAGAUCAUGGCGAGUGCAUCAAAAAGUAAAGCAAAAGAUACCUAUCAAAAAGUGAAUAUUGAUAAAACAAAUCCGUAUACAUCAAAUUCCAAACAAUCAGACCAAAGGGAAGCUGCCGCCAGCUACAGGAACACUGAUAAACAACCAAUAGCAGGUGCUACCAAACAUCUAUCUCCCGUUCAACUAAUCCUAAUACAAGGAAAACUUGAAGAGCAAAAGGCUGAUAUCUUCAUUGCACCAUUGUUGUCUACCAACCCUUCUCUUGCUUGUUUGAAUAUAACCAAAGAUCUGGAAUUAAAAGCGGGGUCCCAUUUUUCUAACCUGUUCUCCAAUUUAUGUACUAAUUGUAAAUACCUUAACCCUGGAAGCCUUCUGCAGAUGAAUGUCACUGGAAACAACUAUGGAAUUAACUGUGACAUGGUGAUCUUUAUUGCUUGCACACCAUGGAAUGGAUCUGAUGGCUCUUCUGUUAAGGACUUAAGAAAGGGGAUUUCCAGUGUCCUUGAGAAAUGCAAGGGAAAGGCAGAUUCACUGGCUAUGCCACCUAUUGGGCCUGGCCUAGCCUUGAAAUUCCCCUCUAUGACCUCGGCCACCAUUCUUGGAGAAGAAGUGAAAUCCUUUGUGACUAAAGAACCCACCACCCCCCUAAGGAAAAUACAUAUUGUGAUUCCUCAGGACAACCAGAUGCUAUUUUCUGUAUAUAAAGAUACACUGUUACAAAUGGAUUUAGGAGAUCAAAUUGUUGUAUGUAACAGAGAUGGAGAGCCUUUCCAAGCACCAUCUUUAAGUGAAGAGCUGAAAUUCGAAAUUGGACGCCUGUCCGUAUACGUUGUUUAUGGGAAUAUUGUGACGGAAUCCACAGAUGUCAUCGUAAAUUCUACAAAUUUUUAUCAAUGGAGCAAACAGUCUGUGGCACAUGCCAUAUUUACAGCAGGUGGAAAAGAAAUUGUAAAGGAGGCUCAGGGCAAAGCCUGUGGUAAAAAACCAGUGAUGACGACAGCUGGGAAACUGAAGUGCAAAUGGAUUUUCCACUGUGAUUGCCAGAAGGACAUAGAAAACAUCAAGAUAUUUAUAAAGGACAUAUUGAUUGAAAGUGACAAAAUGGGAUUGAGCUCUGUGGCUCUUCCUGCUAUUGGCACAGGUGAAUGUGGAUUAGAUCCACAGAUUGUGGCUAAAUGCACAAUAGAUGUUAUCUCUUCUCUUGCCCGGAAUGUCGAAUUGUCAGUCCUGUCCUGUGUGCGCCUUAUUGCUUUCAAACCACAUAUCUACAGUAUCUUCUGUAUUGCUGCUCAGGAAAGGUUUAAACCAGUUUGUGACUAUUCCUGGAAUGUACAGGCUGUACUUGCAUCACGCUUAAAAAAACAACCUACCCCACAGACUGAAGCCAUAAAUGAUAUUGACAUUUUUGAACACCCAUUUCCCCAUCAACCUGAAGUUUUGCUUAACAUCAUUGGAAGCCGAAUAGAAGAUGUGUCUGCCGUAGAGGUGUAUCUGAACGAAUUAUUUGAGCGUAACUAUGAAGAGCAGAAAAUAGAGGAACCAUUACUUUACAGAUUUUCAUUGGAGGAAAUCCAAAAGCUCUUCUCAUUAGUCAGAGAAAAGCCUGGAGUCCAAAUGAUUUUGGAUAGGGUGAAGAAAUGUAUCUUCCUGAAUGGCUGCAAUACAGAUGUUACAGAAGUUUAUUUAAAAGUACAGGAAAGUCUUAGGGAAAUUUUGCAUGUGAGACUUCAAGAAGCAAAUAAAGAACGGGCAGGGCUACUGGUUCAAUGGGGUUAUUAUGAUGGCAGUGAGAUGGUCGCCUUUGAAGUAAACGCCAGUCAGCUGCUGGAAGACAAGUUUUUGAACAAAGAUGAUGUUGAUAUCACAGUGCAGCUUGCAGAUGGGAAACAAGCUAAAGUGAAUUUGAACACUAUGAAAGCUUUGCUGGAUGGGAUGGGAGAGGAGGUGACCGUUGUCCGGAAGGACUUGGAAGCGGAUAUUCAUUUACCUGAAAACUGGGAAGACAUGAACGGACGGUUUCUCAUGUUGGUGCGUCUGGAUCCAAACUCGGCAGAAUAUCAAGGUGUUCAUAGUGGUUUUGUGCGAACAGCUAAGAACAUCUUUGUUGAAAAGAUUGAGAGGAUCCAAAACAGAUACCAGUAUACUGCAUAUACAUUAAGAAAAGACUACAUUAGAAAGAAGAACGGAUCUUCUGAAGUGAAUGAACGCACAUUAUACCAUGGCACACAGCAUCAAAACUGCAAUUCCAUCAACUCCAAUGGCUUUAACAGGAGCUUUGCAGGAACAAAUGCUGCCUAUUUUGGUAAUGGGGUGUAUUUUGCUGUGAAUGCCAGCUACUCUACAAGGCAUACUUAUUCCCCUCCAGACCCAGCGACUGGCAGGCGAUACGUGUACCAAGUUAAGAUGCUAACAGGCCGUUACGCCAGAGGAGAAAUGGGUUUGAGAGCCCCGCCAUCUCGAUCAGGAAAUGACCCUUAUGAUCAAUACGACAGCAUUGUAGACAAUCUACAUAAUCCAUCCAUGUUUGUUGCAUUUCACGAUAAUCAGGUGUAUCCUGAAUAUCUUAUAACAUUCACCUAAAGCUGUAAUUUUCAAGUAUGAAAGUGCUGUUGCACUUAACCAAAACAUAGA